UGUCAGGAACGGGGGGGCUCGGUGCCAAAGGGGCCGCACCCCCUGCCCCGUCCCUGCGCUGGGCCGGGCAAGGGAGGUGCUUCGUGCCAGCUCCGCUUCCCCCCCCCCCCCACUUCCCCCGUCUCUGUCCUUUGGCCCCAGCUGGGAACCAGGCAUCUCUGCCGCCCCGGCAGCUCCCGGCGGGUCCCGCAGCAGCGACGGGUGAUGGGGCAAAUCCCCCACAGACCGGGCGGCCCUUGGACGGGGAUUCUCCUGGCAGCCUCCGUCCUGGGCUCCUGCCUCCAGCCGGCGCCGGCCCAGACCCCAGUGACCAUCGUCCUCACCCCGCCGAGCCCCGUGGUGGGAGGGGGCGUCAGCCUGGCCCCAAAGAAUCCGCCACAGCGCUUCCUGUCCUGCAUCUGGUACCGAUCAGUGACCGCUGAUGAAAACAGCCGGAUCCUCACCUACUUCCCACCUCCAAACCCCAUUCAGCAGAACGGCUCGGCCCACACGGGGCGGGAGACAUUGGGGCCGGGCUGCGCCCUGAACAUGGCGGGGUUAAUGCUCAACUACACCGGGAACUACACGGUGCUGAUAGCGAGCCGGACUAACCCCAUUCUCUCCACGGUGGUUCUGCACGUCUCUGAUGCUCCUUCAGGUCUCUCUCUUGUCGCUGGGAUCGUCAUCGGGUCACUGGUGGGGGUGGCGCUGGUCGGAGCCGGGGUCUAUCUCCUCUAUGCUCGCUGCCGGAAUGAAACCCCCAAGGAGAACGGGGCACCCGUCCUGGUGUACAAGAACCUGCCCCCUACAUCCUGGGUGGGGUCUGUGGCCCAGUCCGGGAACCCCCCUGAUCCCAGCCCCACAUACCAGACGCUGCAGCCCCGACAGCCGGAUGUGUACGAGGACCUGAAGAAGUGACGCCCCCUCCUGCCCCCGGUGCAUGCUGGGAGGGGCCCGGGGCAUGCUGGGAAAGGCGAGUCCCUGAGCCUGGGUCCUGCCGCCCCGGGGAUGUCCCGUCGAUGAAGGGCAGGAACAGUCACCACCCACCCCAGGGGGUGCAUCCGUCUGUCUGUCCAUGCUGCUUCCCUGGGGCCCAUCACCGCAGCGUCUGGGCCCCUGCGAGGAGAUCAGAAAGUCGGCGCCUGUGACUGGCUCCGGCUCCGUUGUGCCCAGCACAGGAUUUGGCUUGGUGACGUCUCACGACCAAACACCCCCAGCCUGGGCACGUGCCCUGUUCUCUGCCCGCCUGACCUGAGCCUGGCGCUCUGUGUCCCACACCAGGCCGCGGGAGCUCCCCACUGCACGGAGGGGCCCGGGCGGCUCUGUGACCGGCCGGGUCCCACAGGGAGUCUGUGGGGCUGCAGGGACUCGGACCUGGGUCUCCCCAGUGCCCGGCUGGUGCCCAAACCAGGGCCAGGGGACCCUGCCCAGGGCUUCUCCCCCCUCCCCCCAGCGCCUGGCCCCGCGUCUUUCCCUCCCCGGGGCAGUUCUCCCCUGCAGAGCUGUGAGCAGCGAAUCCGACCUGCCCGGCCGGGAACCGGGGCCCCUGGCAGAGGGCACAGGGCACCGAGGGACUCGCGGGUCCCUCGGCUCUGACAUCUCCAGACCGGCCCCCAAAGGGGCUCGGGAGGUCCCUGCCCAGAGCCGGCAGCGCUGGGCGCGGUGACCGUGGUGAGCUGUGUGCCGGAGGCACGGCCGGAGCUGUGUCUGGCCUGGGUCCCAGGGGCUGGUUCCACCGGGCAGCGGGAGGCUCCAGGCCCAUCCCUGGCAGACAGGAGGCACCGGGCCGUUCUCUCUGUGCCCGGCUCCGGGGGCACUGAACCCCACAGGAGCUGCCAGGGGUGGGUUUGGGACCUCGGGGCUCUGGGAAGCGCGUUCCCAUUUUAUUCUCCUUGUCACCCAUUGUCCCGUUGGGUGAUACUGGGUCAGACCAAGGGUCCAUCUAGCCCAGUGUCCUGUCUGCCGACUGUGGCCAGUGCCAGGUGCCCCAGAGGGAAGGAACAGAACAGGGAAUCAUCCAGUGAUCAUCCCCUGUCACCCAUU